AUGAAGAACCUUCUCUUCCUCUUCCCCUGUCUUUUUCUCCUCCUUUCCUCCGCCGUCAGCGCCGUCCCCGCCCACAACAUCACGCGCAUCCUCGAAAAACAUCCAGGCUUCUCCACCUUCAAUCACUACCUUACCGUCACCCAUCUCGCUGACGAGAUUAACCGCCGCCAGACCAUCACCGUCCUCGCCAUCGACAAUGCCGCCAUGUCCACCGUCCUCGACAAGCAUCUCUCCCUCCCCACUCUCAAAAACGUCCUGUCCCUCCACGUCCUCGUCGACUACUUCGGCGCCAAGAAGCUCCACCAGAUCAACAACAGCACCACCCUCGUUUCCUCCAUGUUUCAGGCCACCGGAGCCGCUUCCGGUACCUCCGGCUACGUCAACAUCACCAAUCUCAAAGGCGGGAAGGUGGGCUUCGCCGCCGAAGACAACGACGGCGCCCUCCACUCCUUCUACGUGAAAUCCGUCCAAGAACUCCCCUACUACAUCUCCGUCCUCCAAAUCAGCAACGCCAUAAGCUCCGCCGACGCCGAAGCCCCCACCGCCGCACCCUCCGCCAUCGACCUUAUCUCAAUUAUGUCCAAACAAGGUUGCAAGGCCUUCGCUGACCUUCUAAGAGGCUCCAAAGCGCUUCCAACUUUCAAGGAAAACAUCGACGGCGGCUUAACGGUUUUCUGCCCCACCGACAGCGCCGUCAACGGCUUCGCCCCCAAGUACAAGAACCUCACCGACUCUCAAAAAGUCUCCCUCUUGUUAUAUCACGGCGUUCCCGUUUACCAGUCCCUGCAGAUGCUGAAGUCCAGCAACGGCAUCAUGAACACUCUCGCCACCGAGGGAGCCAACAAGUACGAUUUCACCGUCCAGAACGACGGCGAAGACGUGAGUCUGAAGACCAAGGUUAACACCGUGAGUAUAAUUGGCACGCUUAUAGAUCAAGACCCUUUCGUGGCCUACAAGAUCAACAAGGUGUUGAUGCCCAGAGAGUUGUUCAAGGCCAGCGACGUCGAGCAAGCACCCGCAGAGUCACCGAAGCCUGCGAAGAAGAAGUCGAGUAAGAAUGCGAAGGCCGCCGAUGCACCCGCCGACGGACCGGCGUCGGAUUCCAACGAUCAGAAGGCUGCUGAUGAAGACAGCAAUGGGGUAAGUGGAUUGCACGAGGGCGUAAGAUUGGUGUCGGUGGUGUUGAGUUUGUUCGUUGGAUUUUUGGCUUUAUGA